UGAACAUAACCUAAGAAAAUCACACCUAAUAAAAAAGAGUGUAAAUUUUUGUAAUUUUUAAUUGUAAUUAAUAUGGAAUCAAAUAAACGAAGUUAUAGUGAAAUUGAUCCGGAUUAUAUAUUUCCAGAUAAUGCAAAAAUUGGUCGAUUUUCGGAUUGUCAGACAAAUUCAGAAAAAUUAUCCGAAAUUGUAAAACAAGAAUUUAACACCGAAAUUUUACACAAAGAACGUGAACUAGAAGAAAUCGAAGAUCGUUUAAAAGUGGCGAUGAAAACACUUCAAUUAUUACGAUCAGUUUGUGUCUCAACUUAUUACAAUCGUAACGAAUUAAUUUUUAAUUCAUACACGGACACCGAUUCAAAGUUAAAUGAUCCAAAUGUGGAUACAAUAUUUGGACCACAAUCAAAACCACAUCCAGCAGUUCGAAAAAUUAUCGGCAAGGCACCAUUACAAAUUGUCUCAUCACGAACACGAAAAAAGACAUCAACACAAAUUAACUUGAAAAAAGAGUUGAAUUUAAAUGAAACUGUAAAAAUUGAAAAGGAAGACAGUGAAAAAUGUAUAGAAAAUACGAAUGAAACGAUUUCUCACGAAAAGUUGGACAGUUUAGAUGGGAUCGGUCGUAAUGAACGAUUUAAAACGAAGUAUCGGAUAAUUGUUGGGAAUAUUUCAAAAUGGUUGAAUCAGUCAAGCAUGAGUCAAGAUAAAUCGACACAUAAAUGGAUGGUUUAUGUACGAGGGCCGAGGGAAAAUCCGGAUGUUUCGUCGAUUAUUAAAAAAGUUCGAUUUUUUUUACAUCCCUCGUACAGACCUAAUGAUAUUAUUGAAAUUAAGAGUUCACCAUUUCAUUUAUCUCGACGUGGUUGGGGUGAAUUUCCUUUACGAGCUCAAAUUCAUUUUUCGAAUGAAGUUAACAAACCAAUCGAUGUUAUACAUAAUUUAAAAUUGGAUACGAGUCAUACUGGUUUGGAAACUUUAGGUGCCGAAACAUUAAUUGAUGUUUGGCUAUACACAGAACCAUUCGAAAAAAUGAAACAAUAUACUCGAAAAAGCAUCGAUCAACAAGUAGUCGAAGUAGAAUACGUUAAUUUAAACGACGACGAAGAAUUCUCAAAAGAUAUUCACACCGAAUCAACAACAAUCCUUGAAUCGAACUCGGAAAAUGUAAAUUGUAAUGCAACUUAUAAUGUAAAUAUAACCGAAGAUAAUGUAAAUUGUGAUAAUCGUUCCAAUUUCAGUUCCGUUUCAGAUAUCCCACAAACCGUUUCCAUGAAUCCAAUACAUCCCGCUCCUCCAAUAAAUCCAAUCCAACAUACUACCAUUCCAAACGAAAAUAAUCCCGCGGAUCGGAAAAUUUACGUUAAAGAUGGUAAAAUAUGUGUGUUAAAAAAUAAAUCGCGUCCGAAAAAUUUAAAAACUAAAAUAUCGUUAUUAAAAUCGUGUGUGAUGUUAAAACAACAACCGGAAAACGAGAAUAAUUUGUUAAAAAUUGUGACAGUGCGUACAAUCGAUGAAAUUCAUAAUUAUUGUAAAAAACAAAGUGAUCAAGAUCGAGAUGUUGAUGAAUUUCGGACUAAAGAUUAUUUUACAAAAUUUUUAAUUAAUUUUACGAAUCGUAAUUUUUAUCAUGUUAAUAUCGCUUUAUUAUAUUUAUUACGGCAUUUACCGUUAAUUACGGAUAAUGCUAAUGAUUUUUUAUAUUUACAAACAUUUCCAUAUGUGGCAAAAACCGUUAAUGAAUUUUUAUCAUGGAAUAAAGCGAAACAAUUUUGUGCUGAGUGGUAUCGAGCGAAAUAUAUAAAAAAUUUAUUGGCAGAAUAUAAAAUAAAUGGCUACGAAAAAUGGUCUACGAAGUCAAUAGUUCAGUACUCACGUUUAGCUGGAUUUAGUAUAAAUGAUAAUGAAACGAAUGUCGAAGAAACAACCGCAAGUAAAAGUAUACCAAGUUUACGAAAUAACGAUGAAUAUACAUUGAAAACAUUUGCGGAGAGUAUUGAGUUACAAAAUUGGUUACGCAGUACGGAUAAAUGUUCGGAUAAAGAACUUGUAUCCGAAGAUAUCGAAAUUGAUGUUGUUAAUGUAGAAUCGCCGAAAAAAGAAAAUAAAGUCCAAGAAAAACAAAUAAAUCCGCUGAAAAUUCAUCAAUUUGCUGAGGAUGAUCUACCGGAAUAUCUUCAAAAUAAUUAUGUAAAGGACAUCACAUCCGAUUUAGGUAUUAAAUUUGGUUUGGAUGAAAUCAUUCCAAAUUCAUGGGCAUCUUUAUCUGAACUAUGCGUACUAGUUGCGACAAAAUGUUUCGCCGAGGAUUUGAUACGUCGAUCAUUAGUUUGUAGUUCAUCAAAAUUAUGUGAUAAAAAACGAGAAAUUCAGUUAACAGACGUUAAAUCAGCAUUACAAAGUCGUGUUGAAUUCGAUUUAUUUACAAAUUAUGGUUUAGGCAAACAAUUGUUUUAA